GGGGCGGCGGCUGCCGGAGCUGCGGGAGCUCGUCCCGCCGCGCUGCCUCCUCCCGCCCGCGGAGCAGCGCCGAGCCGCGGCCGCGCGGAGCGGAGGAUGCGCUGAGGGCGGCGCAGGUAUAUUAUGCCAGACUUCCAGAUGACAGGACGAGACUAUGAGUGAAGAGCGCUCUGGAGAUUGCAUGCAGUUCUUUUCCUGGGUCCAAACUGGAUUGAUCUGAGAACAAUAAUUAUGAGGCUGACAUGUCUGUUCUCCUUCAUCUUGCUGUUUGGAGCAGCUGGGCUUGUUGUCUUCAUUCACCUGCAGGAUCCAGAAGAAAUAGUUCAUCAGCAGACACCAGGGAUAAAAUAUAACAUGGGACUCCAGCAACCAAAAAAAGACUGCGUUUCCAGCAAUAACCAGGAUAGAAGAUUAAGAAAAAGUACUGCAGACGGGGCAGCAACAGUAAAGCUGAGUGGUUCAUUACACCCAUCUGAAAAUGUGCCCUCCAAGCUUCAAAGCAUAGACAGAAGGCAAAGCAGCACAAUGUUUAUGAAAGAUUACCAAGAGAAAAGUGAGGAAACUAAUUCAGUGAGGCUCCAUAAACGGAGGAGGAGGUUUGUAAUUAAGAAGAGCCCAAUUCUGAUUUCCAUGAACAGUUCCACUCUUAACUUGCCCACACUUAAAUCCGACGACAGAAAUAACAAAUGGAAAAGUCUCUACCAGAUACAAAGCAAAAGAAAGCAAAUAAUGAAGGAAACUUGUUCUAAGUACAAGAGUAAUAACAGAAGAAUAAUCACUCCUUACCACGUUUCUAGAAUAUUUGUAGAAGACAAAUACAGAGUUUUGUACUGUGAAGUACCAAAAGCUGGCUGCUCUAACUGGAAACGGGUGCUCAUGGUUCUCAAUGGGCUGGCUUCUUCCACUAAAGAUAUACAACACAACACAGUGCACUACGGCAACUAUCUAAAAAGGCUGGAUGGGUUUGACCGCAAAGGAAUUUAUCACAGGCUCAACACUUACACAAAGAUGCUUUUUAUUCGGGAACCUUUUGAAAAGCUGGUAUCUGCAUUUCGGGACAAGUUCGAACACCCAAACAAUUACUAUCAUCCCGUAUUUGGAAAAGCCAUCAUUUCCAGAUACCGUGUCAAUGCCACCAAAGAAGCAUUAAGGACAGGCUCCGGAGUCAAAUUUAAAGAGUUCAUUCAAUAUCUCCUGGAUGUACAUAGGCCAGUGGGUAUGGACAUCCACUGGGAUCACGUCAAUAGGCUUUGCAGCCCAUGUCUAAUAGAUUACGACUUUGUGGGGAAAUUUGAAAGUAUGGAAGAAGAUGCAAACUUUUUCUUGCACCUAAUUGGUGCUCCACAAAAUUUGACUUUCCCUAAGUUCAAAGAUAGGCACUCCAAUGAAGAAAGAACUACCACUAAAAUCACACAACAGUACUUUGCACAACUUUCUCCCUCUCAAAGGCAACAAAGUUAUGACUUUUACUACAUGGAUUAUUUGAUGUUUAACUACUCAAAACCUUUUGAAGAUUUAUACUGAUUUGAGUGCUGGGACACUUCCCGUUUCAGUUGAACUUCAUUACAAACCCAGGUGGCUUCUGUUUAUACACACGUCUGUUAGUAAGAAUUGAUCAAAGAACAGGAAAACAAUCCUAAAACAGAACAUAAGUGGUUAGUGAUGUUUACACCUUCACCUUAAAUGCCUCCUUUUUCAAAUCAUUUAUGAUGUGUAAGUACAUACGUGUAUAAUAAUACUAUAUGUCAGGGCUCCCAAAUAAAGCACAUAAUUUUCCAUGCUGGUAUGGCUUGUGUUUACAGUGAAGGACAGUUUGGAACUGGGGGAACAAAGCUGUAAGCUCGACAGCAAAUGUAAUAUUUUAAGUUCUUCACUAGUUAGAAAAUGAAAUCUUUGGAAAUUACAGGAUAGACAAAUAAACAAAUAUGGAAUAGAUAUACUUCAUCAAAAUCUGCAGCGCCCCAAGCACACACUAAACAGGCAUUAUGUAUGAAGUUGGUCAAAUAUUGCUAUUUCCUCAUAAUUUAAAAAAAAAAAAAGAAAUUAUCACACUGUUCAAAAAACACAUUGGUGAAAACAAUUAAUACUCAGUCACCAUGUGAGUGCAGUAUUAAACCAGAUGUUCCAAUUCUGAGAGAGGAUGCGUUCUCCCCAUUUAGUAUCUCCCUUAUGGCAUAUUCAUCUGCAAGCAGAUAAAAUGCAGGCGAACAUUUGCAUCUUUAUGCAUGUUAUUAAGAUUCUUUUAAUCCUUUGCAUUAACAUAAAUCUCUGGUUUAAUCUUCAUAGUCACCAAGAAUAUCAAAUCUUUUUUUUAUAGUAACAAGUAGGAGUAAAUGCAACUUCCUGCCCACCAGGAUAGUUCUUUUCUUUGCUGCAAACAAUUUGCACUUGUUUAUUUCGGUAACAAUUAGAUUCAAUUUCACAUGCAGAAAAUAUUCUAAGUGUUGUCAUUCAGCUGUUCCUCUUCUAUAUAGAGAAGACAGUGCCUAAUUUUCCAGCAAAAAUCUCUUGGGAGAAUAGAAUACCAUACCUUCUGCUGUGCCUUUGUUAAUCUUCACACCUACUCUGGAUGUGGUAUCCUUGUCUACAUGUCCUUCAACCAUGUGAAAUAAAUAAUUUCAAUAGUUAAGAUGGAAGGCUGUACUGGACAAGUCUCAAAUGAACUUAAAUGUCUCAGUAAUUUUAAUGAUUUGUAUUUUGCAACCAAUUUCAGAAUUUCACCAGAACAGGCACUGUACAAGUGUACAAAUAUCUAAGGUGUUUUUUCCUGAAUCAUUUUACAUUUACAAAUGUCCAAAUAAAACAAAAACUACUUAUACAGAUA